ACAGAAAGAAAAAGGGUAUUCAUGCAAAUAUAAAAUGAAAAUUUGUUGGGAUAUGAUUGGAGAGCACAAAAGGAGGAAUGCAGGUAAAGAAGAUUGAAAGCAUCCAACCAACACGUAUUCUAGUACUUACUAGGUUAUGUGGAUCCAAUACCCUGUUCAGAGCCCAUGAAAUGAACCCCAGUAUGCUUAGUGUUACAUAUAUAUGAAGAUUAUGGUCAUGCAUGGUAGUGGUGCUGCUGCUGCUGCAAGGGUUUUGAUAUAGGGUUAAAAGGGUAGUUUUUGUAUUGGUUAAGGGAAGCGAAAAUGGUGUUGAAUCCAGCGAAGAGGGAGAAGAAAUCGCAGUACGAUCAAAAGCUGUGUCGUCUCCUGGAUGAGUACACACAGGUGUUGGUUGUGGCUGCCGAUAACGUGGGAUCCACUCAAAUGCAAAACAUCAGGAAAGGUUUGAGGGGUGACUCUAUCAUCCUCAUGGGUAAGAACACUAUGAUGAAGCGCUCCAUUAGGCUGCACGCUGAAAGAACCGGUAACGAUGCUUUCAAAAACCUCCUCCCUUUGCUUGUGGGUAAUGUAGGGUUCAUCUUUACCAAGGGUGAUUUGAAGGAAGUUCGUGAAGAAAUUGCAAAAUACAAGGUUGGGGCUCCAGCACGUGUGGGUCUCGUUGCUCCAAUUGAUGUCAUUGUUCCCCCUGGCAACACUGGCCUUGAUCCUUCUCAAACAUCCUUCUUUCAGGUGCUCAACAUUCCAACCAAGAUCAACAAAGGUACAGUCGAAAUCGUGACUGCGGUGGAGCUGAUUAGAAAGGGUGAGAAAGUGGGUUCAUCCGAGGCAGCCCUGCUUUCAAAGCUUGGGAUAAGGCCAUUCUCUUAUGGACUGGUAGUGGUAUCUGUUUAUGACAAUGGAACAGUGUUCAGCCCUGAGGUGCUAGACUUAACUGAAGAUGACCUUAUGGAGAAGUUUAGGAGCUGGCUCUCCAAUGUCACUUCCCUUUCGCUGGCGGUUUCGUUCCCGACUCUCGCUGCUGCGCCUCAUAUGUUUAUUAAUGCAUACAAGACUGCUCUUUCUCUUGCUGUAGCUACUGAGUAUACCUUCCCUCAAGCUGAAAAAAUCAAAGAAUACCUCAAGGAUCCGACCAAGUUUGCGGUUGCAGUUGGUGGGGAUGCCGCUGCCCCAGCAACUUCAGCCAAGGAAGAGAAAGCAGAGCAGAGCGAGCCAGCCAAGGAGGAGGAAGAGGAGUCAGAUGAAGACCUUGUUGCUGGUCUGUUUGACUAAAUGGCAGUCACUGAGUUUGGCAAUUGGAGGAGAAAGCGGUAGUAUCAUUAGUAGUAGUAAUAGUAGAUGCAGAGAGUUGAAUUUGGAAAUAAAUAAUGAAGUGGGCUUUGCCUUCCAUGCUCCACUAUUGAGUGAUUGAAUAUUAUAGUAAGUUCUAGUAUUAACUUUUUAGUUUAUUUACAUUUGAUAUUAUUAACUAUUUCCUUUGCUA